AUGGCGAACAUAUCAAAAGUUUACUGUGAGAAAAUAGAUCUCGAAAUUAUAGACCUUAAGAAGGUUUAUACAUUUGAAGAGUUCGAGUACAUAAACGACCAACUUAAGACUCGCACUAUACAACUUAAUGGAAAACCAGUUAACCUCUUCGAAUACGAAAAUGGAAAGUUAAUCCCAAUGCCACAGACUCCAUACGCAAGAGGAAAGGUUGUCUUAGAAAUUGGGAGACAGUUAGCUAACUGGAACAUCGAAACUCGCCAAAAUGGAGGCGUUACCUUUUCGCAAGGUGGCUUUAAUUUUAAUGUUGGGGGACAGAGAACCAUUCUAGCACCAGAUGUUUCUUUCACUCCAAAACAAACAGACCGUAAUUUGAACAGCUUACAAAAUUGGACCUUUCAAGGCCAACCCUUCACUCCAAUAUUCAUUGUUGAGGUUGAUUUUAUUGAAACUGAAGCACAAUUUCAAGUAUUUGACGAUAGAUUCAGAAAUAAAAUUUUUGCACAGGGAACAGCUGUAGAGUUAGGAUUUCUAGUUAGCAUCGGCCAAGAUGAAAACAACCAACUGGUGGGAAAUAUCCAUUCGUGGAGAAGGUACGAAAAUAGUGAUACUGUUCAUCAUUAUGAACAUGGAUGGAGAGAUAUGAAUACCACUGUUAAUGGUCAGCAGAUUCUUCCAGGAUUCAUCUUGGAUGUAGAGAUGAUUGAAAAGGCUAUCUCAAAACAAUAUUCAGGUUCAUCAUCAUCGGAUGAUGAUACUAGAUCUGCCUGUCCUAAAUGUGCGGAAACUUUUACUGAUAAUCACAUAUUUAUGAAGCAUUUUCGAAAAGAGCAUGCGCUUAAGCGACGUACCUAAACCAAUGCGUUAAUCAAUAGAUUAUCAUGCGUCUCAAAUGUAGUUAAAAAAAAAUUAUAUUUUCUUAUGUGUAGUAGUAAGGC